CCUUCUCGUAUUCAAGGUGUCCAAACGCAAAAUUUUGCCCCGUCAUCCACCAAGAGCCGCGCGUGAAUUUCGCCGCUUAAGUAUCCGAUUCCGCUUUCUUCUCCUCUUCUACCGUUCCCGGAAAUCUUUCUCUUGCUUUUACGAAAACUUAGGAAGCAUUUCGCCAUCCCUGUCAGCUUCGUCACAUUUCUGAUUGCUUCUUCCUGGAAUCUAAACGAUAUUCCUUAAACUUCUCCAUUUGCAGAGCUGAAUUUAUUGUAUUUACUCGUAGUUAGAACUAGAAGUCGGUUCCAACUAAUAAACUAGAUCCGUAUACGAAUCUGUAUCAAUAACUAUUUCUGCUUAUCUGUGAUUCAGAUUUUCACAAUAGUAUUGCUAUUUCGAGCCUUCUUUACUAUGUCGUGCUGGCACCUUGAGAAUUUGGUGAAUUACGAAUGUUGCAUAAGGAUUGAGGUUCGAGUUUUUCUUCCCAUCAGAUUCAAUUAAUGCAGAAUUAUUUAUCUUAAUUCUCCGAGUAUUCCGUGGUACCUUCUCUGCCAUUACAUUGACCUUCAUGGUAAAUAUAUUAUAUAUAUAUAUAUAUAUAUAUACAUAAAUGACAAUUUCUUUUCGUUUAUUCCUUCCCCAUACCUCUCUUUUUCCUCAUAUAGAUCUAUCUGUCAAGUAAUCUCUGCUCUCAUUCACCGAUUUCACAAUUAGAUCUUUAUUCCAUCUCCAUUCUCACUCCGUCGGCACUCUUUUAGUAAAAUAAAGAUUUCCUCGAUUCUCUUUCUUUAUAUAAAUUGGCACUUUCUUAGUUCCUUGGUUCUCUUCCAUUAUCUUCGUCUUACAUUAACCCAAAUUCGCUCUGACGAUCCGUUUUUUUUCCUUAAUUGUCACCUCAAGAAAAAAAGUGCAAAAAGAAAACUCCAAUUCGCCAGCAAGAAUCAUUUAUUUCAUUCGAUUAUCAAGGUAUCCUUUUUCUUAUCCUCUUUCUUGAUUUAAAACCAUUGGGAAGACCUGUGACCAGAGAGAGAGAGAGAGAGAGCGCUGUUUAAUGAAAAUGGCAGCAACAUCAGUACCAGUUUUACAAAAACCGCCCGGCUACAGAGACCCAAACGCACCGCUCCCAUCCGUCAAAAAGCCACCACAAAUUCGGAAACUACCUCCAUCGUUCUACCCUAAAAGAAGACGCAGAGGUUGCUGUCGACUCUGCUGUUGCUUCCUCUGCAUUUUCAUCUUCACUCUUGCCUUCCUGCUGGUCCUCGCCGGUGCGCUUUUUUACGUCUGGUUCGAACCAAAACUGCCGACGUUCUACUUACAGUCAUUCAAGAUCCCUCGCUUGGAUAUCUCCGUUAAACCUGACGGCACGUACCUCGACUGCCAAACGGACGUUAGGUUCGAGGUCACCAAUCCUAACCACAAGAUAACGUUCAAUUAUGGUAGAAGUCAGGUUCGGAUGACCGUUGGCGAAGAUGACGUUGCUUUAGGAUCGGCCUUCAUACCGGGGUUUAGGCAGGAGCAAAAGAACACCACAGUGUUGAAGUUUGGGACACAAGCGAACCACAUGUUGAUCGACGACAACAUCGGCACGAAGCUGAAGGGUGGAUUCCGAAGCAAGCAGUUGAUGGUUUUCGUGGAGGUUCGGACUAGGGUGGGGUUAGGUUUGGGGGGAUGGAAGAUGGGGAUGUUGGGCAUAAAGGUUCUCUGUGGGGACGUGAGCUUGAAGAAGUUGGACGGUGGUGCCAUGCCCAGAUGCAAGGUCAAUUUACUCAACUGGAUCAACAUACACUGACAAAAAUUCAUACAUUGCAAGGAUGAAGCAACCCAACUAUUGUCUUAUUGAGCAGAUAGAGGCUUGGUUUUGGAUUUGGUUGUGAUAUGUAUAUUCAUUUUUCUUAUUUUAUUUUUUACAUAUUUUCAAUUUUUAUGGGUCACAAAAAAAAAAACAAUAUACUAGAGUUGUGCUCGUUUAGUUA